AUGGAGAGUCCCGAUAUUCCUGACGAUCGACCACAUAAACCCUCAUCGGUGCUCACCUCGCCCACCAUUAACCUCGAUGACUGUGCUCCAGAAUAUCCCGUGUCGCAGUACAAAGGCAGCAAGGAAACUAUCAAUUCAACAUAUGGCGAAAUGCCUGGGCAAUGUCCCACUCCGCCCAACGAUUCCAGCGAUCUCCAUACACAACCUCCUUCAAUAAAAACAUUUCGCCGCAAUUUCACGAUCAACGAUUCCAACCAGACCAAAGAGCUGCCUCUGCUACAAGUGAAGAACCCGCACGAGGGGGCUGAGGAAUUGAACCCCGUCGACGAAGAUUACGAAGAUGGCUCCUUCGAUUUGGUUGCUCCUUACGAGGGCGAUGGGGCCCCAUUGCACUCGCUUGAGCGCCAAGCGGAUACGAUGUUUUCUUCAGAACAUAUGUUAUCCAUUCUCACCACUCCGCGCUAUCUAGCACGCUUUCGAGAGUUUUUGAUUACGGAACGACCACAGUCAAUCCCCGUAUUGACGUACUAUCUCAAUGCCAGCAAAGCUUUGAAGGCGCUGGAGUAUGCCAAUUCGUUAAUUAGACUGUCGGUGCUUCUCCCUCCGGCUGGAAUCGAGGCGGCACAGGAGCCAGUGGAACUCAGCAUAAAUCCGGCGCUUGAAGCUCGUGUACAAGAUGGGUUAAACGCCCUAACUGCGGAGGAACUCCCCGCUUUCAUUACCUCUACAUGCAUCAACAUUACUAGCAAAGUUGUGGAAGAGCGUGUUCGAGGAACUCUGCCGGAGAAGUUCCAAGGGACUGCUGAUGCACUGGGUGAGGUCUUCUGCUUGACGGAUCCGUCGCGGCCAGAUAACCCGAUUAUCUUUGCUUCUGGAGAAUUCCACCGCACCACACAAUAUGGCAUGGAUUACGUAUUGGGACGGAACUGUCGCUUCUUGCAAGGACCCAAAACCAACCCUCACAGUGUUCGACGUCUCCGAGAGGCGGUACAGGCUGGCCGGCACCACUCCGAGCUUUUCCUCAACUAUCGCCGUGAUGGAUCACCAUUCAUGAACCUUCUUCAAUGCGCCCCUCUCUGCGAUAGCCAAGGCAAAGUCCGAUACUUCAUUGGCGCCCAAGUCGAUGUCUCAGGCCUGGCCAUGGAAGGCGCCCAGAUGGAGUCGUUACAAACUCUUACAGCACGAAAAGAUAGGGAAGAAGCCGGAGAAGAAGAACCACAACAACCAAAAUCCGAGUUCCAGGAACUAGGCGAAUUGUUCAGUCCCCGCGAACUGCAGAAUGUCCACGCCUAUGGCGGCAACUUAUUCCAGCCUAUCGAAGAGAGAAUUAACCCGACAAAUAGCCGCCUAUUCAUACCCGGCAGUCCAGAUUAUGAAGCGGAGAAGCGCCUAAGUGAGAUCCCACCCGCUCUAUCAGCAGGCGCUGGAUCUUUAACCGGCGUUUAUAAGCAUUACCUUCUCGUCCGACCCUACCCAUCCCUCCGAGUCCUCUUUACCUCACCUUCUUUGCAAAUCCCUGGCAUGCUCCAAUCGUCAUUCCUUUCACGAAUUGGCGAUACCGGCGAGAAGAAAGAUCACAUUGUACAAGCUAUGCAGGAUGGGCGUAGUGUCACGGCUCGGAUCAAGUGGGUCACCCGGUUCAGUGAGAAUGGGCGAUACCGCUGGAUUCACUGCACACCUUUGUUGGCGAAUAACGGGGGAGUCGGCGUGUGGAUGAUUAUUGUUAUGGAUGAUGAGGAAGACCACUUUGUGCGGUGGAAGGGGAACUGGCCCACGACGCAAUAG